AUGAGACAUUUCAACAUUGAAUUACUUAAGGAAUCACCUUCUCCAGCUAUAAGAACAUGUGCCAGGCUGGCACAGUUACAGCCAUUUUUUGGACGAGAGCUGUUUGCAACAGGAUUUGUUAGCUGUUGUUCACAACUCUGUGAGUCUAGUCAAAAAGCCCUUGUUCGUAGUUUAGAGAUGGCAUUUUCUUCCCCUAAUAUACCCCCUGAAAUUCUUGCGACAUUACUUAACUUGGCGGAAUUCAUGGAACAUGAUGAGAAACCCCUUCCCAUUUACAUUCGUCUACGUGAAAAUAUACUGACAAAAAAUAAAUUACAUGACAUGAUAUGUUGGUUGAGUAGCUUUACGGCUUUACAGUGUAUUUAUUCCAAAUCCCACAUUCUUUGGAUGGAGAAAAGGGUCACAAGAAUUAUCGGAGCAGGGGUUCAAUAUUAG